UAAGAUAUGGUUGUCCAAUAGUAAUAUUUGAUGUCACUCCUUUGAUUGUUUUUCCUCUUCUGCCUUAUGAUGCAUAUCGUGAGGCAAACCAUGCAGCAAAUUCACAUGCAAAGUCUGCUUUUUCCGGAUUAAGUAAUUGUCGAGUAUCAUUUUAACGUCACUCGGACUUUUUUUGGAUCAAUCCAUUGAUGGUAACGCAUAUGCUAACUUACUGAUUAUUUAUAGGGACGAUAUCUACAACAUUGAUGCAGUGAUGUGGAUGCUGAAAGAGGAGGAAACAUUGAAUUGAAUGGAGCUGCUUCGUGUGUUCCCAAUUACCACUCUUCCUCCUCCUGCUUCAACACUCUCCCUUAGAACCAAAUUCGUGGUUCGGAGCUGUAACCUUCAACUGCAAUCGCAACGCAAUGACUCGCGCAAGUUAGUUCUGGAAGUGAAGGAGAAGCUUGAAAAAGAACACCAUAGCCUUCCUGUUGGUAGAAAUGGUAGGGAUGACGAAGAUAUGAUACUACGGUUUCUCAAAGAUCGCAAGUUUUCUGUUGAAGAAGCUGUUUUCAAGUUGACUAAGGCCAUUAAAUGGCGUCAUGAUUGUGAGGUCUCUAAUUUGAGUGAAGAAGCCAUCAAAGAUAUCUCUCAUACUGGAAAAGCUUAUGUACAUGACUUUCUAGAUAUCAAUAACCGACCUGUGCUUGUUGUGUUUGCAUCAAAACAUUUUCCUAAAGCACAGGACCCGGCAGAUGAUGAGAGGUUGUGUGUUUACUUAAUUGAGAAGGCAUUGAGUAAGCUUCCACCUGGGGAAGAGCAGAUACUUGCAAUACUUGAUCUCAAAGGUUUUGGUGUAGAGAAUGCUGAUCUUAAAUACUUGAAAUUCUUGUUUGAUGUAUUCUAUUAUUACUAUCCGAAGCGAUUGUCUCAGGUUCUAUUUGUGGAUGCUCCUUUUGUGUUUAAGCAAUUUUGGCGACUUAUUAAGCCGAUGUUGAAAUCAUAUGCUUCUCAGGUAAGAUUUUGCUCUUCUGAGACUGUGAGGAAGGAAUAUUUUACAGAUGCAACUUUGCCACCAAACUUCAGAGAAUGAAUGUUAUUUCUGGAAAAUAUGAAAGAUUAUGAGUAUAUACUUGAAAUACAAAUGUUGUUAUGCGAUCGGAGGAACAAGAAUGCAUUUUUCAGGUUUUUUUUUUUUUUUUUUUUUGCAUUUUCAUCUUACAUAAGUAAAUUGUAACAAUGUAUCUUGUAUGAGUAAGUGGAAUAAAAUGGUGUUUAAAACA